AUGGGGGACGAGUUUGGGCAAGGAGUUGACAGUGACGAAGGGGAAAAUUAUGAAAACGAUAUAGACAUUAUAGCAGAUAAUCAGAUUAAAAAAGAGAAAUAUGAUUAUGAAAAUUGUGAGGGUAAUGAAGAAAAUAUAAGAAUAACAAGCCCAUAUUUAACUAAAUAUGAAAAGGCAAGAAUAAUUGGAACACGAGCAUUACAAAUAAGUUUAAAUGCUCCAUUAACUAUACCUAUUGAAACACAAAAUGAUAAAUCCAAUGGUAAAAGUGAUUAUGACAAUUAUUUAAACAAUGACCCAUUAGUAAUAGCAGAAAGAGAAUUAUAUAAUAAGUCUAUUCCAUUUAUUUUGAGAAGAUAUUUACCAAAUGGGAGUUAUGAAGAUUGGAGAUUGGAUGAGCUUAUAAUAGAUUAA